AUGGACCCCCGUAUUAGUGCCCAGGACGUGAUGCAAUGUGAUCUGUGUGAGACUGCCGUGGUACAGAUGCACUGUGAUACAUGUCUCGUCAAUCUUUAUUUUAAUGACUUGUCAAAACUAUUUGGUGCUAAAUUCAACAUAGAGAGAUACAAAAAGCUUCCACAAAAAAUUGUGCCAUCUAUACCUAAAUUUAAAACUGGAAAAAAUCAUGAAAAAGAACUUCAUAAAAUGUUUGGAGCUUUAGCACUAAGUUCUCUCACUUCAGCUGAACAUUAUUACAGUAUGAAGAUAUCGCCAGAAGCUGUAUCCUCUCCUCCAGUCAAACAGCUGCUUGAUGAACCAGAGGCUGUCACCACCAUAGACACUGGGUAUAACUUUUACCUUUUCCAUGUGGCCUUUCUGACUGAAGAAAAAAUCUGGACGAGAGGAGAUGACAGCACCAUGAAACUCUUCAGCAUCAAUCAGGGAUCGCUACUCAAGUCAAUUAGAACCAAGUCAGGGAAUAUACCAUAUGACAUGACAGUGACAAAAAGUGGAGAUCUAGUUUAUACUGAUUAUAAUGAUGGAACUGUGAACAUUAUGAAGAAUGUGAAAAUAGAGGAGGUGAUAAGACUGUGGGAUUGGAUACCUCGCGGUGUCUGUAGUACCUCCUCUGGUGAGCUCCUGGUUAUCAUGCGCAUUGUUGAUAAAUACACAUAA